GCGCUGUGGUUCUGUUUGGAAACAAUAGCGAAAACAUUUUUGACAGUGCUGCGUGAAGCGUUCAGUGAGGAAGAAAAAAUUAUUGAAAAUUGUGAUUUGUGAUAGUUUUCCAGGAUAAAAAAGGAUCUUUCAGUGUAACUUUAAGUACAUACGAUAUACACUCGGAAAAUUAUUGUAUCUAUGGCUCCGAAAAGAUCAUCAGGGAAUCCCAGGAAAUGUCCAAGUAAAUGCUCUAAAUCAUACAAAUAUAAAUUAAUUAGAAAGCAUUUUAAUUCUCUAAACCUUAAUGAAAUGGGUAAUGUUUGUGACGGGGGUGGUGUGAAUGAGGAAAUUAAUACUGCCAGUGAACCUGAAAGUUGUGACAGACAUGGAAAUCAAUUCCGGGAAUCGAAUGAUAAUUCAGAUGAAGUUGAAGUCUCCUUGCUAGAUGCUACAUUAUUAGAUGAAUUGAGAGUCUUUUUUAACAAAUAUCGCUUCAAUAGAAGGCAAGUGAGCGAGCUUAUGGCAAUCCUGAAACGUCACGUUGAUGACACUUUAUUAAAGGAUCGCAGGAGCAUAAUGAAGACUCCUAGAACGUCUGUUCAAGUCAAAAACGUUGCACCCGGGAAAUACACUCACAUUGGGAUUCAAAAUACGAUAGAAGGAUUAUGCGAGUCAUUUUUCCGUGAUAUUCAUGAAAUCAAGGUACAAGUUGGAAUUGACGGGUGUCCCCUCUCUGAUAAUCACACAAUUUGGCCAAUAAUGGGGAGAUUUCUUCAUCAACCAAAUUACUCCCCAUUUUUGAUCGGUAUUUAUGAAGGACAAAAGGAUCCUCAUAAAGGAUUGGAAGGAAGCUUUCCAAAGUAUCGCCAAAGAAAAUCUAAAGUUGAAAGAAUUUCUGACCGACGAAGUCAUAUUUCAAACAAAUUUGUCUGGAGCCAACAAAAAAGUUCAGAUGCGUGGGCUUCGCUUCUAUAAACUAUGGAAAGAAACAUCCAAUAAUUCAGCGACCAGAUUUGACAAUUUUAUAAGAAGGGAAAUAGAAAAAGCAAAGAACCGGGUGUAUGUGAAGAAUUCAAAGAAUAAGAAGAAGGAACAAAUUCGUCAGGUCCCUCAGGAGGAUGAUGCGUCAGACGAGGACCUUCCUGAGCAAAACGCACCACAGGAGGAAACUUUUGAAAUAGAAGUGUUCUCUUCUCCAAAACCUGAGAAUGAGAUGACUGACGCCGAGUCAGAUGAUGUGCAGUCUGAUAGUCCAUUUGAAGAAUAAUUAUGAGUUAAAGUCUUUAUUAAACCGUUCCUUGCAUCCUCCUUACGAAA